UGAUGCAUCCAGAGCACGAGGGCCAGUCUGCCUUCAGCGCUGACACAGUUUGUGAUCCCAUGUGGAGGCAUGAGAGAGUCUUAGAUAGAGUUUCCCCCGAGCUUCCAGUGUUAUUAAUAAACACAAAGUGUGCCUCUGUUUUCCUAGAGACAGACAGACUGCAGAGCUGUCCUUAAAGUGAAGAGCAAGCCGUGUUCGCAGCUCUCUGGACUGUCAACCUUGAGCAAACUGUCCUCUAAGAGGCUGAUGGACGAUCAGACGUCAACAGACAAUGGGAAAGACACAGCAUUUACUGAGGAAAUACACAUGGAGCAUAGAUUUGGUGAGGAAAUCACAGACUCCGAAACAGAGGGCACACCACAUCCCAUCAUACAAAACGACCAGGAGGUCAUGGACAGCUUGGGGCAGCUUUUUGACCACUGCAUCCAGCAGGUGUCCCAUCUGGAGAAACAGAGGAACGAGCUGAUCCAAGAGCUCCUCGCUCUGCAGGAGCCCAUGCUGCGAGUGGUGGAGCACCUGAGAGGGAAGCUGGUGGAGACCAAGAGGCUGCUCACUCUGGCCCAGCUGGAUUACGUGGCUGUUUAUGAGGAAGUGCAGCAGGUGAAGAGGAAGCUGUUCGCCACAGCCAGGGACUGCAUCCAGAGCCAGGUGACGCUGGCUGCACGCGAGUAUGAGGUGGCUCAGUCUGCUGUCACACAGGAAGAGCUCAAAGCCUACGUCCAAAGCCUGACCCAGGAAUUGUCCCAGCUCCGGGAGAACUACCAGAAGCAGCUGAGGGACCAGGCCCGUCAGCCCUGCAGGCCCAGGGCCAUGAGCGACGCCAGCCUCUGCCGCCAGGCUUCUCUCAGACUGCAGCGGCGGCUCAGUGGCAGCAUGAGGUCGCUGGAGGGCUGGUACGAGCCUCGGCUCUUGGCACUGUUAAAGAAGAGGCAGAUCGGGGAGGACGCCUUGAGGAAGAGCAAGGAGCAGGCAAUAGACCUGAGGGCCCGCCUGGGGCCCCUGAAAGAUGAGAUGCAGAGGCUAGAUGUGCAGAGAGUCUGUCUGGAGAACAGGAUCAGUCUGAUGGAGCAGGAGAGGGAGGAGCACCGCACACAACACAAGGAGACAGUGGAGACAUUAAAAGAGACUCUGAGAGAACUGCAAGUGGAGUUUGAAGUUCAGAGAAAAUUUAAGAAAGAUUUGGAGGAUCAUAAGAACGGCCUUUUGGAAGAGCUGAAAUCUCUGGGGUAGGUUCACUUUGAUCACAUCACUGUUUUACUCUAAAUUGUAAGCAGAAUUCAAUGAAUUGCUAAUAGCAACCUUGUCUUACAGAGGCUCUGAUGAACCCAGUGAAACCACUGUGGAAGACGAGCCCUAAUUUCCUGUUUCCAACGGAUAUUUUUAAAAGAUUAUCUAUAUUAGACCAAACUACAGCAUUGAACUUACGCACUAUUAAUUAGCUUCUGCCGAGUCAUUUGCUUAUGAAAGGGGGUGGGAACUUGAGCAGAUAAAUACCAACAACUUAAAAAAAAAAUCCCAAAAAUGUAAAAAGUGAGUCUGGUAGACACACUGGCAGGGGAAUCUUUCUACAGCAUCUGCAUGUUUUAAAGGGGGCCUAUUUUGUUUUUGUUUUUUUCUUUUCCUUUAGUGCUUCAUAUGUUCUUGUGCAUGAAAAAGAUCUUGAAACUUAAAAAGCCCACUGUCCACACUAACAGAAGCUUCACUGAGAAUCUACAAUGCAAAUAGUCAUGAAAAUACAGAAACAACAUUAAAUGAGAGGGUGUGUCCAAACAUUUGACUGGUAGUGUAAGCCUGUUCUAGUAGUAGCCCAAACUUAAAUUAUAAACCUGAAAGUGAGCCUUCAGG